UAACCAUGGCUGCUGCCGCCGCUGCCGCCGGCGCUGGGGAACCUCUGUCCCCUGAUGAAUUGCUCCCGAAAGGCGACGCGGAGAAAACCGAGGAAGAGCUGGAAGAGGACGACGACAAGGAGCUAGAUGAGACCCUGUCGGAGAGACUCUGGGGUCUGACGGAGAUGUUCCCGGAGAGGGUCCGGUCCGCGGCCGGAGCCACUUUUGAUCUUUCCCUCUUUGUGGCUCAAAAAAUGUACAGGUUUUCCAGGGCAGCCUUGUGGAUUGGGACCACUUCUUUUAUGAUACUGGUUCUUCCUGUUGUCUUUGACACUGAGAAGUUACAAAUGGAGCAACAGCAGCAACUGCAGCAGCGGCAGAUACUUCUAGGGCCUAACACAGGGCUGUCAGGAGGAAUGCCAGGGGCUCUGCCUUCACUUCCUGGAAAGAUCUAGGUUGUUACUGCUAUAUUUGAGCUGUCUUGAUGGGAGAAAUUUGAAAUUCAGUUGUGUUUGAACUGCUAUCUGGGUUUUUUUUUUUUUUUCAACUGUGGCAUAUUGAUCCAAACCUGGUAGAAAGAAUUCUCCCCUCAUUGUCUCAUGGAGAGACUCCCAACUUUUAACUGUGCCCUCCACGCUGUCCUCAAUGUUUCUUCUGUCCUCACUCUGACACCCAAGUGCAGCUAUGCAGACGGUUAUUCCAGCUCUGGCCACCUUACCCCCUUCUAGUAGAUUGCUCCUAAUUGGAAGAUCUCCUCACUGUCCUAUUGUGGGGUAGAAACUAAUGCCCCAUAAUAGGAGGGAAAGAUCCCUGACCAUUAAUGACUUUUUUUUUUUUUUUAAGAAUGGAGAUAUUGGGGAGGGACAUGCACAUAUUAUGAAACUGACAAAGUACACUGCACUUGUCUGGUAAAGCACCAGGAAGCCCCAUGAAUACUGGAGAGAAGGGAAGCUGGUUGCAGCUUCACCCACAAAAU